AUGAAGUUGACAUUACUGUUGAUGUUCUUAGUAUGCUGUCUCUUAAUGUCGAUCACCGUCAUCAAAGCAGCAACAACGGAGAAGGUAGUUCAUCAUGAAGAGGAAGAUGAUGACGAUGAUGAUAUGCUUGGAAAAGAUAGUGGAUCGAAACAAAUCCUUUAUGUACUAUGGCAAUCGUCUAAAACAGGACGUAGACAUGUAUACAAAGUAAUUGACAAGUAUCUCAAAAAGGAGGAUUUAGACAAGAAAUUAUUAGAAAUCGCCAAGAUUAUAGGUCAACGAUUCGAAAAACGUAUGGAAUACUUUGCACAAAAGCUGGAUGCAUUACUCAAUUAUGAAACAUCAUAG